UUCACAGUCUCUUCUCUAUUCACUUUUGAGCCAAAAAAAUCUCUCUUUCUUCCUUAGUAAAAUCACAAAAGAGAAAAACAAAAGCUUUGCAAAAAUGGCCUCUUAUUUCAAAGUUAUGCUUUUCUUAGCCUUUUUUGCUGCUUCAUGUUUAGCUCAAUCUCCAGCUCCUGCACCUAAAAUUUCUCCGGCAGCAACACCUACUCCGGUGCCGGCGCCAGCAGUGUCUCCGCCAACAGCAACCCCAUCUCCGGCACCUACAACUUCACCAACUCCAUCUCCAUCUGCUUCUACAACUUCUCCAUCACCAGCUCCGGCCGGUGGUCUUGCCGGUUCUCCUCCCUCGCCUACUCCGGCCGGUGGACCCGGCGCAUCACCGGCGGAACAGCCCACCGCCGACAACACACCGCCACCAAACGCCGCUAACAAGGCCGUCAUUGGCGGUGCUGCAUUUGCUGGCGUACUCAUUGCUGCUGCUUUCAUGUAGAUUUGCCACGUGUCAUCACACGUGUCUUGACGGACCGAGAUUUGUUUUGUACCUUUGUUGGGGUUGAGUAGUACUUAUCUCUUGAUCUCUUCUUUUGUUUUUUGGUCUUUUAUUUUGUUUAUUUUACUUUAUAUUUUUGUCAUUUAUUUGUUUGGUACAUUGUGGUGUUUUUAUUUCUUUGUUCAUUUUUUUAUUAGGGUGAGUCAUUCAUAUUUGGGGGUGUGAUGAUUCUUUUGCUUUAACAGGCUUAUUUAUUUGUAUGGAGUCAUCAUCCCAUGUAUAUUCAAGUAAAAAUAAAUUUGAGUUUAUAUUCUUUUUGUUAUG